AGCAUUACCGCACAGACGACAAUCUCGACAUGAGUGUGUAGACAACGCCGUCACCAAUCCACAUUUGUAUGAAGACAACUGGCAAGGUGGUUGCCUGCAAGGAUCUUUCCUGUGUACCUCGGACAUUUGUUGGACAAAUUCGGACUGCAUUUGUACUAAGGUGAACCCCGUCGGUAGCUAGUUUUAUUGAGGAAUCAGAGGAAAAGGUAAACAAAAACGCCCACUCGGGAAACGUUUUGAGUCUACUUGGGAACUGAAACUGAUAAAUAUCCAAACAGUUCACAGAUCUGUUUGUGUGCGCUUCCGUGAACGAUUCAACUCAACUAGACGUCUCUGUUUCGACCACCUGUUAAAUUGGACUACUUCAAAUGGCCCUAAAGAAGGCGGUGCUGUUUUGGACAUUUACUUCCGUGUUGUGGUUGGGAAGUAUUUUUGUCAACGGUGAGGGCAGCGAGGACGUUGUGUUUCCCCCCACCCUCCUACCGAGCGAGCCCGGACUCCCAGUCGGCCACCUGUUACCGCUGGGCUACCAAAGGGAACCCGAAGGACCCGUGAAGGAGUACACACAGCCGCUGACUCCGACAGAGUUCUGGGAACAGCAUGCCAGGGAACCCUACGUACCCCUCGUGUACAGGCAAGCCAUCGCCAAGGCCCCAGCGGUCGCCAACUGGCAGAGUGAUGACUACAUCAGGGAGAAGUAUGGAGACUUGGACGUCCUGAUUGAGAAGAAGAUCGAAGAUCGCCACCACCCCGUUCGCCUGAGGAUGCCACUGAGCGAGUUCUUAGACAACUACCACCACAAGCAGUGGUACGUGGUAUCCUUGCUACCCGAUCCCAUGAGAGCAGAAAUGCAGGUUCCUCGUUCACUACUCUGCGGCAAUUUUAGGGACAGCAUUCUAGAGUCAAACCUGUGGUUGUCUUCCGGUGGGACUAGGUCAGUUCUACACUACGACGCCGACCACAACAUACAUUGCCUGAUCUCCGGCCGCAAAGACUUCAUCAUGAUCGACAACAAGUACGGAGACAAACUAGACUUGGCUGACAAGAAGAAAUCCGGGUCAGGCUUCACUCACAUGAACGUUGACAAAGUAGACCUCGUGAAAAACCCAGAGGUUGCAGAGGUGCCGUGGACCUGGGCGACCCUCAAGCCGGGAGACUGUAUCUUUAUCCCGUCGCGUUAUUUCCACCAAGUGCGAUCGUACGGGCGCAGCGUUGCCGCCACGAUCAUGUGGGACCCAUUCGCAGAGUUCAACGAUUCGGACUGCGCCACGAGAGACAUUGACACAUACACGGCGUUCAAUGAAGUCAAGCUCCAGUGGACGUACAAGAAAGGUGACAAGGUCAUUGACAUGGGGUACAUGAACGUGGAAAUCAUCAGGAAAACGUUUCUUACGUUAAUGAAGGAAGAAGACAUGGAGAAGUUUACGCCUGAGUUACUCGCGAUACUUUACGAACACAACAUCCUGGACGAAGACGAGGGCGAAGAGUUGGGAGAGGAAGAUAUGGAACACGUCAGAAAGGUCUUUUCCGUCAUGGAUAAGGACAAGAAGGGGUACAUCACUGCUGAAGAGAUACAAGCGAUGGACAUUGAAACCCUGAAAAGGGUGGCCAGAGGGAUAGAAGAGGCGCACGGGCCAAUUGGAGAGGACCCGGGCCCACGGGACGAACUGUGACACAAGGAAGGGACAACCAAUUAGCUGACUGUCCAAUGUAACACAUUAUGGAUAAACUAAACAUUAACUGAUCAACACUAUCAAAACUCAUUGUUCAUGGAAUGGACCCGUCUACUGUGGCUUCUGGAACGUGACUUCAGAGACACGUGACUGCAGCAGAUGGUCGUAAAUACCAGAUAACCUGUGUCGCCCCCCGGCUCUGUUCAACGAUGGACGGUGGGCGCGGAUGUACACAGCCUCCUUCACUCCUCUUGCAAAGAAGUCCAGACGGAACAGAGACGGAGGACGACACAGGUUAUCUGGCAUUUAUGAGCCUCUGCUGCAGUCACGUGUCUCCGCUACAGUAGACGAGUCCAUUCCGUGACCAAGGCUGACGGAGUCGGCUAAAAAUUUCGGGUAAGUCCCAACUAAUCUUAAUAGUGUUGGUCAGUUAAAGUUUAGUCAUGUCCUAUGUCCUUUAUCAACACAGAUGAGUGCUCAUGCUAAUAAUGUAACACAUGGCCAAGCCAUGCAAAACAUUCACUUCAAAACAAUUUUUUUUAGUAUCGGUUAUUUCAAGUUCGAAUUUCACCUUUCAUUGUGGUUUGAGGUGUUUUCUUGCAAGUUUUAUAUGUUUAACUAUCUUAUUUUCUAUUGCCAACUGUUUACAGCAAGGAGGUUAAAAUAGUUAUGGUACUAUGGGCGAUGACAUGCAAAUAAUAAAGAUAUUCAGCAUUGUUAAUUGGUGUGACAAAUGUAAAACUAUGCAGACCAUAGAAUAAUUCAGGGAAGUGCCAUGCAUUCAAAUCGAAAGUUGUUAUUGCUAUUACUGGUUGUAAUAAUGUUUGUUGUGUAAUAAAAUAUGGUGAUUUCAUUUG